GAGCCAAGAGCGACUAUAUUGCAUGUCAGUACAAAUCCCAGUAAAGAUUUUAAGCUGGUCAGACAUUGCUGGGAGGUAAAGGGGGGGGGGGGGCAUGUCUACAAUUUUUUUUACUGUGCCUCCAGUGGGGCCCAGUUUCCACCUUUCUUCUUUUACCUGAACCUGCCUUUUUGGCUACAGGGAGGACACCCAGUGAUUGGAUCAGAGAAACAAGAAAAGAAAUAUCCUGAUCUCUCUACCCUAUUGUGCAGGCAGAUGUCACUUUCAGACUCUCAAGAUGGCAGCCAUUGACCUAUCCCCCAUAUGGUCUCUGCCUGCACAGGAUUCUGCCUGUUUCUACGUGAGAAAUACUGAGGAGGAAAGGAUGGUGACUGGAUUUCCAGCAACCUGGUUACAGGGACCAGUGACCUUUAAAGAUGUGGCUGUGGAGUUCACCCAGGAGGAGUGGAUGAUGCUGGACUCUGCUCAGAGAAGUAUGUACAGAGACGUGAUGCUGGAAAACUAUAUAAAUCUCACCUCCGUGGAAUAUCAACUAUGCAAGCCUACUGUGAACUCCCUGUUGGGUCAAGAAGAGAUAAGAAUUGUGAAAGGAAGAAUUCCCCAAGGGACCUAUCCAGACUGGGAGAUUCAACUUAAAACCAAAGAAUCAACUCCUAAGCAGAAUAUUUUUGGGGGAAAAUUGUCCACUGGAGUGAAAAUGCUAAGAUUCACAAUGGAUGAUUGGUCCUCUACAUUAAGAGAAGACUGGGAAUGCCAUAAGAUCAGAAAACAGCACAAGAUCCCAAAGGGACAGUUGAGGCAAGUGACAUUUACCCAGAAGAAAACAACAUCUCAGGAGAGAUUCUGUGACUAUCAUGAAUUAGAGGAAAACUCUAAACUUCGAUCAAAACUUGUUUUUUCAAAGAGAGUUUCCACCGAUCAACAUUGCUGUAAAUGUUACUUAGAUAUUCAGUGUUUGAAACAUAAUUCAGUAUUAAACAAUUAUGAGAAAAACUCUGUAAGUGAGAAGCUCUGUGAAAGUCAUGACUAUAAUAGAGCUCUGUGGCAUCUUGAAAGAACUCAAACAGCACAAAAAGAGUACACAUGUUCCAAACAUGGUGUACACUUCAAACGUAGCAUGCUUCCUAUGUGUAACGAUUUUCACAUGGUGGAGGAUUCCUAUGAAUGUAAUAAAAACAAAACCUUUUGUUGUCCUUCAUCCCGUAAGCAACAGGAGCAAACUCCUACUAGAGAGAAACAUGAAUGUAAUCAGUGUGGAACAGCCUUCAAAAGGAUUUCUAAUCUUAUUUUGCACAAGAAAAAUCACAAGGGUGAGAAACAAUAUGAAUGUAAAGAAUGUGGGAAGGUCUUCCAUGAUUCCUCAACCCUAAGGAGGCAUGUAAGAACACACACUGGUGAGAAACCCUAUGAAUGUAAUCAGUGUGGGAAAGCUUUUAAUCAAAAAACAUCUCUUAAGGCUCAUGUAAGAACUCACACUGGAGAGAAACCUUAUGAGUGUAAUCAUUGUGGAAAAUCCUUUGGCACAAGUUCUUACCUUAUAGUGCACAAGAGAAUACACACUGGGGAGAAACUCCAUGAAUGCAGUGACUGUGGAAAAGCCUUCUACACAAGCUCUCACCUUAAAGUUCACAAGAAAAUACACACUGGAGAGAAUCUUGAUAAAUGCAAUGACUAUGCGAAAGGUUUUAGUGGUCGCUCAUCCCUUAGAAUGCAUGUGCAAACUCCUAGUGGAGAGAAACAUUGUGAAGGUAAUCAGUGUGGAAAAGCCUUCAAAAGGAUUUCUAAUCUUAUUUUGCACAAGAGAAGUCACAUGUGUGAGAAACAAUAUGAAUGUAAAGAAUGUGGGAAAGUCGUCCAUGAUUCCUCAAGCCUAAGGAGACAUGUAAGAACUCACACUGGUGAGAAACCCUAUGAAUGUAAUCAAUGUGGAAAAGCUUUUAGUCAAAAAACAUCUCUUAAGUCUCAUGUAAGAACUCACACUGGAGAGAAACCUUAUGAGUGUAAUCAUUGUGGGAAAUCCUUUGGCACAAGUUCUUACCUUAUAGUGCACAAGAGAAUACACACUGGGAAGAAACUCCAUGAAUGCAGUGACUGUGGAAAAGCCUUCAAUACAAGUUCUCAACUUAAAGCUCACAAGAAAAUACACAUGAGAGAAUCUUUAUGAGUGCAAUGACUGUGGGAAAGUCUUUAGUGCUCGUUCAUCCCUUAGAAUGCGUGUGCGAACUCACUGGAGAGAAACCCUAU